CGCUAGCUCCGGCGACACCGACUGACCGGCCACUCUUGGGGGCGGUGCCAUUAAGGCCACGCCUCGCGCGUCCGCACCGGGUCGCUUCGGAGCGACGUCGUCACGCUGCGGGGCGGAGACUUUGGGCCGAGUCUCUCAGAGUCUAAGGGCUGGGUCGGCGCCGUCACCCGCCUCCAGUCUUCCGGUUUCUGAGGUGGCUGCACCGCCUCUCCCCGAAGUCUGAGGAUACGCCCUAUUGAGAGCCCGCCGUCGCUCUUUUUUCGGCGUCGAAUCCCUCAGAGUUGCUUAGGGCAAAUCUAGCCCAACAGUCUCUCGAUCUGGUACUCGCUCCCUUAAAGACCUCGUCCCUAUAAACCCCCCUUUCCUGGAUGUACUGUCCCUUCCCACCCCUCAAAAAUGUCUAACAAUCUACAGAGGGUCUUCCUGAAACCCACAGAGGAAAAUUCAGGCAACGCUUCGCAUUGUGUUUCAGGCUGCAUGUACCAAGUAGUUCAGACGAUUGGCUCGGAUGGAAAAAAUCUUCUGCAAUUACUUCCAAUUCCUAAUUCCUCUGGAAAUCUUAUACCACUAGUUCAAUCUUCAAUCAUGUCUGAUGCUUUGAAAGGGAAAACAGGAAGCCCAGUUCAUGUUACUUUUCAGACUCAGAUUUCCAGCUCUUCCACAAGUGCAUCAGUUCAGUUGCCUGUCUUUCAGCCAGCCAGUUCUUCAAAGUAUUUUCUUACAAGAACAGUAGAUACAGCAGAAAAAGUUAGAGUUACUUCUGUGGGAACUGAAAAUUUUACCUCAUCUGUUUCUAAAAUUCAGAGUCAUGGUGUGAAAAUCGAUGGACUUACCAUGCAAACAUUUGCUCUUCCUCCCUCCUCAACACAAAAUGAUUCAUCUUGUAUUUUAGUAAAUACCCAGAGUGUUCCAAUGACUGUGAAGUCUCCAGUUUUGCCUUCUGGGCAUCAUUUACAGAUUCCAGCCCAUGCUGAAGUGAAAUCUGUACCAGCAUCGUCGUUGCCUCCUUCAGUUCAGCAAAAGAUACUUGCAACUGCAGCCACAAGUACCUCAGGAACAGCUGAGGCCUCCCAAAUACCAACCGUUAUUUAUGUAUCUCCUGUAAAUACAGUGAAAAAUAUAGUUACCAAGAACUUUCAAAAUAUCUAUCCGAAACCUGUUACAGAAGUAGCAAAGCCAGUGAUAUUAAAUACCACACAAAUUCCAAUGAAUGCUGCUACAGAGACACAAUUAAAAAGUGGCCAGCAUUCUCCAGCUGCUCCAGUGAAAUGGAUUUUUCAAGAAAAUCUACAGCCUUGCACUCCAUCUCUUGUUCCUGUUAAGUCUUCAAAUAAUGUGGCUUCAAAGAUUUUAAAAACUUUUGUAGAUAGGAAAAGUUUGGGAGAUAAUACUAUAAAUGUGCCACCAUUGAGUACUGUCAGUCCUAGUGGGACACAAUCCAAAAGUAUGCCUAUUAAAGAUAAUGCUUUGGUCAUGUUUAAUGGAAAAGUCUAUCUAUUGGCUAAAAAGGGGUCAGAUAUUCAGCCUUCACAAAUUGACCAACAGAAUUCUGUUUCCCCUGGUAUUCCUCCAAGAAAAGACACAUCACAGAUAGUGAGUUCAAGUCCAGUCACAGAAAUAUCUGGAAAGGUUGUAAAUAUUGUUUUGGCAAAAAGUAAAUCUUCCCAGAUGGAGACAAAAUCACUUCCGAACACCCAACUUGCUUCUAUGGCCCAUCUAAGGGCAGAGAAGAAUAAAAAAUUGGAGAAACUAUCACUUUCUACCCCAAACCCACAUAAUAUGAACCAAUCCAUUAACUACUUAAAACAGAGUAAGACUUUAUUCACAAAGCCAGUCGAAACAGAUGGAUUUAGUACAGGACAAAAUGCCCCCAGAAAAGGAAAUAUCAUCCAGAGCAUAGAGCAAAUAAGUUCCUCUCUUGAUGCAACAACUGUUACUUCACAACAGUGUUUAUUCAGAGACCAAGAACCAAAGAUCCAGAAUGAGAUGGCAUCAACAUUAAAAAAAGGUACUCAAGAAAGAUAUGACAAGAAAGAGUAUCAAGGAAGAAGUAAUAAAGCACCAUGUCUGAAGAAUGAUGCUGAAUUAAAAAAGAUAUUUGGUCUUACUAAAGAUUUAAGAGUGCACCUUACUCGAAUUCCUGACCAUUUGGGCUCUGGAGAAGGUCUUGAUGAUUCCUUUAGCAGUUUGGUGAAGAGUGAUACUUAUAAAGAGAUAGGGUUUAUGGUCCAGGAAGAAGAGAGAAAACAGGGUUUUGAUAAGAAAAGAAAAGCAAAAGCCAUUAAGAAGAUGAAUUACACAAAGAAGAGAAAAACCGAGAGUGCUUUUAACACGGUCGUAAAUGGGGAAAUUAAUGUCACCAGCUCCCAACUCCUUAGCAGUAUUUUACCAACAUCAGAUGUGUCACAGCAUAACAUUCUCACAAGCCACAACAAAACCAGAGAGGAAAAGAAAACUGAGGUAGAACACUGUGCUCAUGACAACCAGCAGAAAGGCACGUUGAGUUCAAAUGCAGCUUUUGAACAAAGUGAUUCCUUUAAUAAAAAUUAUUAUACUGAAGAUGUUUUCCCCAUGACACCACCAGAGUUAGAAGAAACCACUCGGGAUGAAAAAAUAAGAAGACUUAAGCAGGUGCUGAGAGAGAAAGAAGCAGCUCUUGAAGAAAUGCGUAAGAAGAUGCACCAAAAAUAAUAAAAUGUAGCUGAAGACUUCAGUGAAACUGUUUUUUUCGUAUACUUUUGUAUUAAUAAGUUAAUUAUAAGUGCAUUCUGAAAAUGUCUUUAAAUAUGAAACUUGUUUUUCAGCAGUGGAUUAUAAAAUUUUAUUUAAGGGAUACAGAAAAGGUUGAUACACAUGAGAUUCUUGUGAAUAAUCUACAUGGGGUAUCUGAAACUUUGACUGAGAUACCUUAUUUUGGAAGGGAACAUUUUAUAUUUUUCUAUUAUUUUAACUAGAAUUGUCUAAGUUGAAAUAUAUGUGCAAGGUUUAUGUUAUUGCUGUUUGUAGCUUUAGCUGAAUUGCUCAGGUGUUACUUCAAAAAUAGAUAAGCAUUGCGUACUGUUGAAAUUCUAAAAUCCAAGAGAGGGUAUCAGCUCUAAACUUAGCUUCACCGGUGAGCUUGUAUGUGUACUCACUUGGUUUCUUUACCCACAAAAUGAAGAUUCCUUCUACUCACCAUAUAUUGUAUUUUUUUUAAUUUCAUGAGAGGAAGUGUAUUCCAGCAAUGUUAUUUAAAUGUUCAAACGUUUCUUAAGGGUGAGGAACACUUGUUUUGUAAUUUUUGCAAAAUGUUUUCAUAUAAUCCAAAGUGGGUUUUGGAAUUCAAUCUAUAUGAUGUCUUGUUUCUUGAAGUGAUACAUUGUCAUUAUUCCUAGGCAAAUGCCUCUUUAAAAAAAUGUGUACACACUUAGAGCAUGAGAAGUAGAUCUGAACAGUGGCCAUGUCUAGCACUUUUUAAAAAUUGUAAAGUGUAGUUCAUCUUAAUGGAGUUAAAUGUUUUUUUAUCUGGUUAGUCUUUGAUUUGGGAGAGUUUUGUAGUGGUAUAGGGAUAGGGAUUAAAAAGGGGGAGAAAGAUAUGAAUAUAAAAAAAUGAUUUAACAAGUUCCUGGAAGUAAGAGAUAAUUUCAGAGGUCAAAACAUUGGCAACAAGAUAGAAAACAGUAAAUCAGAAAAUAACUGAAAGGGAGUGACACACAUGCAGAGAUUAACUAGAUUCUCUUACUUUUUAAAAAAUAACAGGUUUAUUGAGAUUUUAUUCACAAAAUGCCAUGAAAUUCACCCUUUUAAUGUGUACAGCUCAGUGUUUUUAUGUUCAUAGACUUGUGCAACCAUCAAUACUAUCUAAUUUUAGAAUAUUUUUAUCACCUGCCAAAACAAACCCUGUACUAAUUAGCAGUCACUCCUUAUUCCCCUCUUCCUCCAGCUCUAGGUAGUCACUAAUAUACUUUAUGUCUCUAUGGAUUUGCCUAUUCUGGGCAUUCCAUAUAAGUGGAAUCAUAAAAUAUUUUUGUUACUUGUUUUGGACUGGCUUCUUUGAUUGAGCAUAAAAUUUUCAUGGUUCAUCCAUGGUGCCAAAGCAUAAAUCAGUACUGCAUUCUUUUUUUAUUGCUGAAUAAUAUUCCAUUGUUUAUUCAUCACUUAUGGAUAUUUGGGGUUAUUUCCACUUUUUAACUACUAGGAUUAAUGAUGUAUGGAUAUUCAUAUACAAGUUUUUGUGUAACCUUGUUUUCAAGUUUGGGGGUUGUAUACCUAGGAGGGUGAUUGCUGGUCGUUGCUGGGUACUCUAAUUUUUAAUAUUUUAAGGAGCUGACAGACUGUUCUAGUCAGAUUUUGUUCCCCCUUCUCCACCAAAACAUUUUGUCAAGGCCACCACUGACAUGUUGCUAGAUCCAAUGGUUAAUUGUCAGUCCUCAUCUUAAUUUACUUACAAGCAGAAUAUAAUUUCAUGAUCCUUGCCUCCUUAGAUAAAAUUUUGAACAUUUUAUUAUUAUAAAAGCAGCACAUGUGCAUUUAGGAAAUUAGAAACCACAGCAAGCUAAAAUAUUAAAAUUUUAAAGCUUCACAUUCCUAUUAUCCAGACAUCGCCACUAUUACUACCUUAGUGUAUAUACUUUUUUAUUUUUCUGUGCCCCAUAUGUACAUACACAUAUAUAUUUUUAUCAAAAAUAAGGUCUUACUGUAGUACUAUUCUGAAACCUGCUUCUAAGUCAACAAUUUUCACUUUUUCAGCAUAUUUUCAUCAUCUAGCCUAAUAGUCAAGCCAAAAUCAGAUAUUCCCAGUUGACUCCAGAAUAUCUGUUAACAGCUGGUUUUUCCAAAACAGUAUCAAAUUUAGGACUAUACGUUUUGUCCAGCUGUUAUGUGCUAUUAAGCUCUUCUAAUUAAAUACAGUCUCUCUAUUUUUGUAAUGAUAUUUAUUGAAGAGCCCGCCGGUUGUCCUGGCUGCUUCUUCCUUGAUAUGCUUUCAUUUCAUGUUAGGUUACCACAUUUCUGCUUCAUUGUUCGUUCUUGUUGCUAAUUUAUUCUCCCCAGUCUCAACUUUAAAAGUGCCCCAGGUUGCAGUCCUUGGUUUGCUUCCCUGUUUACACUCUCAUGCUGUGUAAAUAAAUGUUUAUCUUUAUUCCCAGACCUCUCCCUAUCUCUGGAUUUCUGCAAUAUAACCAACUACCUAUUUGAUAUCCUUAUUAGAUAUCUAAAUAAAUAUCUGAAACUUAGGUCCAAAACUGAAAUCCUGAUCUUCCCUCAAACCUACUUCUUUUACUCACAGUCUACAAUUUUAGCUCAUGACUAUGUCCUUUUUUGGCUCAGGCCAAAAAAACUGAAAACAAAACUUGUAAUUAUACUUGACUCCUUUCACAACACAAAUCAAAUCCAAGUCCUGUUGGCUCUACUUUCAAAAUACUCUUAAAUCUGACCAUGUUCAUCUGGGCUACCAGUAACUGGAUUAUUGGUGGUUCCUAAGUGGUCUCCCUUCCACCUUUGUAACCCUACAACCUAUUCUUGGUAUUUCAGCAAGAGUAAGACUUAAAACAAUAGGUAGGUCAUUCCCCAUUACCCUCUAAUGACUUCCCAUCUCACUUGGAGUAAAAGCCACUAUUACAAGGACUAGAGAUCCACAAAUAGCAAACUAGAUUAACUAAAGAUCUUUUUUAAUCUCCUUUGUUUCUCACCAGCAUACUAUUUAGUAUAUAGCCACCACAUAACACUUUUUUUAGGCAGAGAGGUAAAAUUUUUCCUCAAAAGUGAAUUUUAAGCUGGGAUCUGAAGGAAAAGUAGGAGUUAAAUAAACAAAGGAAUAGCAGUUAGGGGUGGAAGAAUUGUCUCAGCCUGGGAAAGAGCAAGUCCAAAGGUUCUGAAGUAGGAGACAACGUGGCAUAAAAGGAGGCCAAUGUAGCUGAAUGCCGAGUGAGUGAGAGCAUGGUCAUGAAGGCUGGCAGGAGAGAUGUCUUAGUUUUGUCGGGUUGCUAUAACAAUAUACCACAAACUGGCUUAAAAUUAUUGUCUCAGUUCUGGAGGCUAGGAGUCUGAUGAAGCCUGAGGGGAAGAAUUGGUUCUGUGCCUCUUUUGAGUUUCAGCAGUGGCUUGCCAGCAAUUCAUGACAAUCUGCUUUAGUUGUCACAUGGCAUUCUCCUCUGUUUCUCUAUGUCCCAAGUUCCUAGUAUAAAUACACCAGUCAUUUACUUAAGAGCCCAUUGUACUGCAGUAUGACAUCAUUUUAGCUUGCCUAAUUCCAUCUGUAACAGCCCUAUUUCCAAAUAAGUUAACAUUUUAAGGUACUGGGAUUUAGCACUUCAACAUCUUUUGGGAGGCACAAUAUAAUCUGUAACAAUGAGUUCAGUCGCUGAAUUGAUGAUUGAGGCCAAUCUGAUCUUUAUUCCUUUGAGAGCAGUUUUAUUUUUCUCCCUAUAUACUUAAUAGUAAUUUUUCUUUAUACUUACUAAAAUAUUUUGUUGACUCUG